CAUGACCCGGCCCAUAUAAGAAAAACCUAAACACACGGUGUUUUUGGGAUUCGUCUACGUCGAGGACUAGGAGUGUGGCAUCUCAUCGCAUUUGCAGAGUAAGAAGUGAGAACUAGGAAGUAAGAAUGCCUACCAUCAGUGUGGGGCGGGAUCGCCUGUUUGCGGCUCUAGGAAGAACCUACACGCAAGAGGAAUUCGAAGACUUGUGCUUCAGCUUUGGGAUCGAGCUGGAUGACGUCACCACGGAGAAGGCGAUUGUGAGGAAAGAGAAGCAUUUGGAAGCAGAAGAAGAUGCUGACGAGGAUGAAGAAGUUAUCUACAAAAUUGAAGUUCCCGCCAAUAGAUAUGAUUUGUUGUGCCUUGAAGGGCUUGCACAGGCCCUUCGAGUAUUCUGUGAGUGUCAGCAGAUCCCCACUUACAAAUUGGCAGAUGUUAGUAAAGAUGCAAUGCUCAAAAUGCAUGUUAAGCCUGAGACAUCUCAGAUUCGUCCAUACAUUGUGUGUGCCGUGUUAAGAGGUAUUACUUUUGAUAAAGCAAGAUACAACAGCUUUAUCGAUCUCCAAGACAAGCUUCACCAAAACAUUUGUAGGAGAAGAACCCUUGUUGCUAUUGGCACUCAUGAUCUGGAUACAUUGAAAGGACCUUUCACCUAUGAGGCUUUACCACCGUCAAGUGUAAAUUUUACCCCGCUGAAGCAGGAAAGGAGCUUCAGGGCUGAUGAGCUGAUGGAGUUCUACAAAUCAGAUUUGAAGCUGAAGAAAUUCUUGCAUAUAAUUGAGGACUCCCCUGUUUUUCCUGUUAUAUAUGACCGUAACAGAACUGUUUUAUCUUUGCCUCCAAUUAUCAACGGUGCACAUUCGGCCAUCACUCUGGAGACAAAGAAUGUAUUUAUUGAAUGUACUGCUACUGACUUAACAAAGGCAAAGAUUGUUUUAAACACAAUGGUCACAACCUUCUCGGAAUAUUGUGCAAAUAAGUUUGUCAUUGAACCAGUAGAAGUGGUCUAUCCUGAUGGAAAGUCACAUAUAUACCCCGACUUAUCCAUCUAUAAUAUGGAGGUUUCUCUACCUUACAUCAAUGGAUUAAUUGGGGUAUCCUUGGAAGCAGAAGAGGUCACUAAGCUCUUAAAUAGGAUGCAAUUGCAUGCCAAACAGUCUACAUCUGAUAAUAAGCAGGCUAAAUUUGUUGUAUCUGUACCCCCUACUAGAAGUGAUAUUCUUCACCCGUGUGAUGUUAUGGAGGAUGUUGCAAUUGCUUAUGGAUUCAAUGCUAUCAAGGAUAAAGCAAUAGUAGAUAAUAAGGGCUCAAAGAGAUUGGCUGCUUCAUUGAAGCUACUUCCUCUGAAUGAGCUUAGUGAUCUGAUCAGAAAAGAGGUGGCAAUGGUUGGGUUCACAGAGGUCUUGACAUUUAUACUUUGCUCGAAAAAGGAAAACUUUGCCAUGCUAAACCGCAAAGAUGAUACAUCAAAAGCAGUUAUCAUUGGAAACCCUAGGUCUUCAGACUUUGAGGCUGUACGGACCAGUCUUAUGCCUGGCAUCUUGAAAACUGUGGCUCAUAACAAGGAUCAUCCAAAGCCCAUAAAGAUUUUUGAAGUAGGGGAUAUAUCAGUUUUAGAUGACAACAAUGACGUUGGUGCAAAAAAUCUUCGCCAACUUGCUGCACUAUACUGCGGUGCUAAUGCAGGAUUUGAGGUUGUUCAUGGUUUGGUGGACAGAGUAAUGGAAAAGAAUGGGGUUCCCUUUGUUUCAUCCGGUGAUAAAUCAGGUUACUAUAUUGAGCGAUCAGAUGAGCCUGAGUUUCUUGCGGGUAGACAAGCUAGAAUCAUUUACAAGGGAAAGCACAUUGGCACUUUUGGCAUUGUCCACCCGGAGGUAUUGAACAAUUUUGACAUUCCUGAUCCGUGCUCCUUUGUUGAACUUAACAUUGAAAGCCUAUUAUAAUGAUCAUUUACAGCAAAUGUUAAGUUGCCAUUUUCUGUGUGCUCUUUUGAAGACACUGUUCCUUUUGAAACUGGGAAUCAAUAAGUUCAAGUGCUUCAGUGACAUCAGCUUCUUACACUUGCUUGAUGGGGAACUGAGUUUGGCUUGCUGAUUAAAUUAUACAAUUGUAUCAUUUUCUUGUUUCUUGGUUCAUUGUUUAACAUUAGAAGCUAUAAAUGACUGGGUGGGAUAGUUUCUACUGUGAAUUAUGGAGCGAUUGUUGGAAAAGAUUAUGGUUGGCCUAGAAGCCAAGACAAGAUUUUGGGAGUUUGAAAUUCUUGUUAAUACAAAGUGAGUAGUCACAUGUCAUGUCUCA